AUGGCCAAUACCCACCAAACAUACCUACGAAAAUGUAUCAGCCUAGCCGAACAAUCCCCUCCCCGACCAACAAACUUCCGCGUCGGCGCUAUCCUCCUCUCCCGUGCCGACAAUGACACCACCUUCAGCGGAGACCGCAUCCUCUCUACAGGAUACACAAUGGAACUAGCAGGCAACACACAUGCAGAACAAUGCUGUUUUGCCAACUUUGCAGCUGUGCACAACGUGCCCGACGACGAGGUCAGCUCGGUGCUCCCCGUAGAGACUGGUCGCAAGCUCAUCAUGUAUGUAUCCAUGGAGCCAUGUGGGAAGAGACUAUCGGGGAAUGACCCGUGUGCGAAGCGGAUUACAAGAACGAAAGAGGGUGGCCGGGAGGGGAUUCAUAAGGUUUAUCUUGGGGUGAAGGAGCCGGAGACUUUUGUUGGAGAAUCGGAGGGGUGUAAGAUGCUUUCUCAGGCGAGGAUUGAAUGGGAGCAUGUUUCUGGAUUUGAGAAGGAGAUUUUGGAGGUUGCUUUUGCUGGACAUGAGAAUCCGGCGGAGGAGGUUAAGGAGGCAUUGGAGAAGAUGAAGGGUGCUGGCGGCGAGGGUGUGAAGGAGCAGGCGCAGGCACAACCUCGUAACCCGAAGAAGAGGAUGAUGGAGGGUGAGAACAUAAUCUAUUAG